AUGACGCAGAGCAGGACAGUCAACAGAAGCCAGAAAGACAUAAAGCACAACGGCCACGUCCCUUUCUCACAUCCACUUCAAGCCAAACUAUCAACUUCAUCUAUUUCACAACCAAGCCUUCACCAACCACUACGCACAAAGAAACAACACAAUGAACACACUACACAACACCUCCUCCCCACCAGGCACCGGAACACACCACCUCAACCCCUUCCACCUCACCAUCAAAGACCGAAUCGAGCACCUGAGCUACCCCAAAACCUUUGCACUUAUCCUUAUAACAUCUUGGCUCCUCUCCAGCACCGCCAAAUGGCUUACCAACGGCAAGCGCAAGAAGCUCACAGUUCCCACUUUUGGCUAUCGCUCGUGGUUCGAACCGACGCUCUUGUUGCAGACCAGGUUCGUGAAGGGGGCUAGGGAUUUGGUGCAUGAGGCUUAUACCAAGAUGCCAAACAUGCCCUUCGUCCUCAAACGCUACGACGCCGAUUUCUUGAUCUUACCCAUCCGGUACUUGGACGAGUUGCGCUUGAUACCACUGAGCAAGCUGAGUAACAAGGGUGCUAAUGUCGCCAACCUCGUCCCCGAAUACCACGGCAUAACCUUCCUUCUCACCAACAACCUCCACGUCGAAGUCCUCCGCAAAAAACUCACCCCGGAGCUCUGGAAGUUCAUCGACCUCGCCUCCUCCGAGCUCUCACACGGGUGGGACAUCUCCCUCCCUCUCUCUGAACUCUCCACGAACGGGAACGACUGGGUCAAAAUCGAUUUCGAACACACCGUUAGGGAUCUAGUCGCUCGCAUGACCGCCAAAGUCUUCUUGGGUUCUCCGGCCUGCCGCGAUGAGACCUGGCUGGGUAUUUCUGUCGACUUUUCUAUUGAUCUCUUCACAGCCAGUUUCACCAUGAAGAUGUUUCCUCCCUGGAUGUACCCCGUCGUUGCGCCUUUGAUCCCGGCUAGGAGGCGGGUGUUGAGGCAGUUGAAGGCUGCGCAACUCAUCGUCGGGGAACAGAUGAGGAAGCACGAUUCGCUGAAGGAGAAGAGGGCGCAAGCGGAACGUGGGGAGGUAGCGCUCACGGAAGAGGAGGCGCAGGAUACGUUGCUCGAUUGGAUGCUUGACCAUGGAAAGGGGGAUGAGGUGAAAGUGGAGGAGAUGAGUGCGCGACAGUGUGUCUUGACGCUGGCGAGCAUUCAUACUACUGCGAGCCAGGCGGCCAAUAUGAUGUUUGAUUUGUGUGAGCAUCCGCAGUGGUGGGGGGUGUUGAGGGAGGAGGUGGAUGAGAUUGCGAAGGAACUGGGCCCGCCAGGGUUGGCUGGUGGGAAAGAUGGGGGAGUGAGUGUGAAGGAGUGGUGUGUCAGAUUGGAGAAGCUGGAUAGUUUCUUUCAGGAGACUCAGAGGAGGGAGCCGCCUAUUAUUCUCGGUCCCCAACGCCUAGCCCAACAAGACCUCACCCUCAAAGAUGGCACUUACAUCCCCCGCGGCACCCGCGUCGCCUUCCCCAUGCUUGAACACCAAAUGGACGCCCAAACCUACCAAAACCCGCACGAGUUCGAUCCGAUGCGCUUCUACAGAAAGAGACACGAGUCACCCGAGCAGAUGCACUUGCACAUGGCUGGACAGACGCAUCCGAAUGUGCUGGGUUUCGGGUAUGGAAACCAGGCGUGUCCGGGAAGACAGUUUGCGGUGGCGGAGAUCAAGCUCAUUAUGGCUAGGAUGUUGUAUGAGUUUGAGUUCAAGUUUGCGAAUGAGAAGAAGGGGAGGCCGAAGACCGGGUAUAUCAAUGAGAUGGCUAUGACGGAUUGGAAUGCGAGGUUGUUGAUGAGGAAGAGGGUGAGGUAGGUGGCUGUGGCUGUGGGGGUGAUGGAAGGGAGUUGAAGGAAGGUGUGGAUAGGUA